CAUUGGACUUAAGUUUAUCAAAAUAGCGGCUACGUUAUUGUUGACCUAACUGAAAUUCAGUUGAAGACUAGUGCCGCAUGUAAUAAUGGUUUACAUUCCAUUGACGAAAGCAAUUCAGUUUCUUAAUAAAUCCCCGAGACGGCGCUGCUCACGGCAGCGUCUAAGGGAAUCAGCGCUCCCUGGGCUGUCUCAGCUGAAGUUUGUCACAUCACUCACUUGAGAUAUUAGAGCAUAGAAGCAUUGUUAUUGUAUUGUACACAUCAUAAAAUAUGUGCUGUUUGAUUGUCUACUGAAUUUAGGUGAUUUAAUCCUCACAAAGGUGAGGAGUUGUAUGGCGUCAUCAAAGUAUUUGUAGUCCACGUGCUGGAACAGGUAUGAAAAUUCGAAGGAAACCAAGUGGUAGACAUGUACGAUUCUGACACCUUUGCAAAUUCCUAAAAUCAAAAAAGUAAAUGAUUACUUCUGUUGGUUCCAUAAGGGAAUUUGUGUUUUUUUAGUUUUUUUGUGGUUCAAAUGGUUUGUGGUUGUGGUUGAAUUUGUGGUUCAAAUGGUUUUUUAUUUACGUCAUAAGAUUUCAAUGAAAAGAAAACAUUUGUGUCCUCGUCACUGACGCGUGACUUUAUACUUGGCAGUUUGGUCUUUCGAAAACCAGAUCCACGCUGGAAGCAAAUCACAGUAAAGCAAAAUAUUCAUCUGAUAUAAUUACCCUAAAUCGUGCUGUAAUUUUCUAGCACUCUAAUCUUGCAUUAACUGAAAGAUAUUACUAAGAUAUUCUUGCUGAAGGAAUGUUAAAGGAGUUUUAGUUGGAAUCUACACGAGCACUGGAAUAAAUACUUGGCUAAAUUAAAUAACCUAGUGGGUUACCAUUCUGAAAAUCCCCAUCAAAAUCUGAUCAAAGAUUAAGUAUAAUGCAAACUCUUACAUUUGCAGCAGAUGUCAAACUAGUGACCAAUUAGUAAAAAUAAUUCCCACUUCCAAGGAGAUUUUGCUCUGCACGAAAAUGUCGGAAAAUGUAACUCUUCGUCACCGACGCUACUGUCCUCCAACGACGAGCAAACUGGGGGACGAGCUACUGAACCCGGCGCCUGAGAGGGGCAGUGUUGCUCACAAGGCUUGCAUGAAGCUGUCGCGGGAGUGUCGAGCUCUGAACGUGUCGAGUAAAGUGGAUGUUGUUGAUGAAGUUCCGUCCCCACUUUGCUUGGCCCGGGACUAUGUUGGGGCCAACAAACCUCUCCUCAUGAGGGGGGCCGUGGCCCACUGGCCCGCUGUGAGUAAGUGGACGCCUCAGUAUUUAAGGGACCGCGUGGGCGACGUGGCCGUGAGCGUGGCGGUGACGCCCAACGGGUACGCGGACGCCCCCAGCGCCGGGCACCUGGUGCUGCCCCAGGAGCGCGUCGUGCCCUUCGCUGCCUUCCUUGACGUCAUGGAGCGCCCCCAGACGCAGCAUGGCGUGUGGUAUGUGCAGAAGCAGAACAGCAACCUGACCGAGGAGUUCAGCGGCCUCCUCGGUGACCUGGAAGCCUCGUCAGGAGGACGCGAGGCCUCGUGGUUCUCAGAGACGCUCGGCAGGCGCCCCGACGCCGUCAAUUUCUGGAUGGGCGACGCCCGUGCAGUCACAUCCAUGCACAAGGACCCGUACGAGAACCUGUAUUGUGUCGUGAGCGGCUAUAAGGACUUCCUCCUCCUGCCGCCCUGCGACGCGCCCUGGGUGCCCUACAGACGCUACCCUGUCGCCACCUACUGCUUCAGCGAUCCUGCUAGGGGUGACAGUGAUGGUAGCUCUACAACCACACCUACUAGGGAUGACUGCAGUGAUGGUAGCUCAAGAACGGCGUCUACUAGUGAAGAUGGUGGUGAUGGUAGCAGCAUUUCACUCCCCAGUUUAAACAGUCUUCAAAGAUCUACCGUUGAAAAUCAACAGGAAAAAAUCCACAAGCAAGCCAACGGGUUUGGCGGCAAGCACUUCCUAUGCUUGCGUUGUAUGGGCGAUUAUGGUAACGGGACUAACACAAGUGAGGAACUCGCCAGCUCAGGCACGAAAGAAGAAACAAAUCUAAAUUUCCACUCCAGGGAUAUAACUAAAAGUAAACUUUUAGCUACUUUUAAUGACAGCAAAAGUUCUAAAGAGCAGUCUCCAGAUGCUGACUCUCCACCGUUCAGCUUGGGUGUAGAGGGCUGCCCUCACUUUCACAUCGUUCCCUCAGACCCUGCAUGCACUGUACCUUAGGUAGCCAUCGACCCUCUAAAUCCAGACAUCGAUGAGUUCCCCUCGUACAGCAACGUGUCUCCUACCCUCGUACGCGUGCAUGCCGGCGACGCGCUCUAUCUUCCCUCUCUUUGGUUCCACCACGUGCAACAGAGCCAUGCGUGUGUGGCGGUCAACUACUGGUACGACAUGGACUACGGCUUAACUUAUUCCUACCAUCAGAUGCUUCUGGCGCUCACGUGGCCUAAACUACAUCAAGAUGAUGAAUUGAGCGACUCCGAUGACUAAAUCGUACGUUGGGCUACGAUCUUGCUUUUCCUACUACAGAAUGCUAUACUCUCGCUCACGCGAAUGCCUGGGCCACCGAGUCUAUAAUCAGCGAUUGUAACUUGAUAUUAAAAUAGAUUGAAGGGGAAGCAUUUUUCUUUGCACAUGCAUGUUGAAUUUACGUGAUAUUUAAUGGUCUGAGCUAAGUUACAUUGCAUAAUGAAUUAAACUGCGAUUUAUGCAUUAUUGAAAAUGUUGGUGAAUGUUCAGUAGUAAAUAUAUGCUACAAUUGGA